AUGCUGCUCUUUUUCCUUCUCGUCUUCUACAAUGGAAACCACUUACAUUCUUUCUUUCUUUCUUUCUUUCUUUCUUUCUUUCUUACCUCGUUUACGUUCCAUCACUUAUUCAGUCAUUCUUUCUUAAUUUUCGGUUUCUGUUUCUUUCUUACAUCAGUUUCAUUCUUUCUUCCUUGUUUUCUUUCUUUUCGUUUCCUCUUUCUUUCUUGUCACGUUUUCUGUCUUUUUUUUUCCUUUUUCGCUUUCUAUUUCUUUCUAACCUCGUUUUCGUUUCAUCAUUCAUUCAUUCAGUCUAUCUUUCUUUUCAAUUACUAUUUCUUUGUUACCUCGUUUUCGCUUUUCCUUCCUCACUUUCUUUUUUUCUUUCAUUUCGCUUGCUAUUUCUUUCUUACCUCGUUUUCGUUCGUUCUUUCUUUCUUCCCUAAUUUUCGCUUCAUGCUUCUUUCUUAUCACGUUUUCAUUCAUUCAUCCAUUCAUUCUUUCUUUCUUCCAUUCUUUUCGCUUCCUAUUUCUUUGUUACCACACUUCUGUUUCAUCUUUCUUUCUUUCUUUCUUCUCUCGUUAUUGCCCCCUCUUUCUUUCUUUCUUUCUUUCUUUCUUUCUUUCUUUCUUUCUUUCUUUCUUUCUUCUCUCGCCUCUUUCUUUCUUUCUUUCCUCUCGCCUCUUUCUUUCUUUCUUUCUUUCUUUCUUUCUUUCUUUCUUUUCACUUCCUAUUUCUUUGUUACCGCACUUCUGAUUCAUCUUUCUUUCUUUCUUUCUUUCUUUCUUUCUUUCUUUCUUUCUUUCUUUCUUUGUUCUCUCGUUAUUGCCUCCUCUUUCUUUCUUUCUUUCUUUCUUUCUUUCUUUCUUUCUUUCUUUCUUUCUUUCUUUCUUUCUUUCUUUCUUUCUUUCUUUCUUUCUUUGUUCUCUCUUUCCUUUUUCUUUCUUUCUUUUUUCUUUCUUUCUUUCGUUCUUUCUCCUCUUUCUUUCUUUCUUUCUUUAUUCUCUCGUUAUUGUCUCCUCUUUCUUUCUUUCUUUCUUUCUUUCUUUCUUUCUUUCUUUAUUUAUUUUUCUCGUUCUUGUCGCUGUUCUUCUUUAUUUCUUCUAUCGUCCGUACUCUGUUGCGAAAAGGGUUCCCAAGUUUCCAAAGAGAAGCAUCAUUGCUAA